AAAGUUUUGCGUAGCGAUAUUUCUGUUAUCCACAACAUUUUACAAUAACUUGUUGAACAACAAGUCACAUUGACAAUUUUUUGAAGACAAAUUGACAAUUUUAAGAAAUAUUUAUAAUCAGUGCGCAUGUUUACGAGUACAGAAUAUUAAUUGACAAGUUGAUAUACGUAAAACGUUAUUCAAGGAGUUAUCUGGUUAACCAUGCUCCAUCGGUGAUAAAAAAGUUAAAUUAAGACCCAAAUAAAAACCUGUGUUAAGCUUUAAAAAGAAAAAAAGUUUAACUCCUUGUGUGCAAUUGUUACACAUUAGAUAAGUGUUCAACAUAAAAGAAAAUACAAUAAGAGAGAAGCCGAGUAAAAGACAACGAAAGUUGCGUGUCGUAAUCACAAUCAACGUGCUUCAAGUAAGAUUCGAUUUGCAAUUCAAAAAAUGGCCAGUAUUAUUAAAUACUUCACCGAUUACUACGAUUGGACAUUAACAUUUGUUGAUCCACGAUCCAAAGGAUGGUUUUUAGUUGAUAGUCCGAAGCCAACAUUCUGGCUACUCGUCAUGUACCUUACAAUUGUUUGGAUUGGACCAAAAAUCAUGAGAAACCGAAAGCCUUUCAAACUCAAUGGCCUUCUAGUUCCCUACAAUUUGGGGAUGGCUUAUUUGAAUGGAUUCAUAUUUGCUCGCUUAGCAGAGUCAGCGAUAAGACUGAAAUAUAGCAUUUUUUGUGAACCAUGUCGACAGAUAUCAACACCCGAUGAGAUGCAGAUUGUCGAUGCUAUAUGGUGGUAUUACUUUUCUAAACUUUUGGAAUUUUGCGACACUUUCUUCUUCAUUUUGCGUAAGAAAGACAAUCAACUUUCAUUUCUACACAUCUAUCAUCACUCGACGAUGUUCGUAUUCUGGUGGAUUGGCAUUAAGUGGGUUCCAUCCGGAUCAACUGCAUUUCCCGCUAUCGUAAACUCAGGCAUUCACGUUCUUAUGUACACAUAUUAUGGUCUCUCAGCGAUUGGACCACAAAUGAAUAAAUAUUUGUGGUGGAAAAAGUAUUUGACGAUAAUUCAGUUGCUUCAAUUCAGCGGUGCAUUAGUUUUGGGAUUCAAUGGACUUAGAAUAGAUUGUGAGUUCCCAUUAUGGAUGCAAUACACACUAUGCGGAUAUAUGGUGUCAUUUUUGGUGCUUUUUGGCCGCUUCUAUGUCAGCGCUUACAUUGAUGAUCAUAAGAAACGAAAACAAGAAAAGACGUUAGCCAAUAAUAACUUGUUAUCGCUGAAGAAUCAAAAUAUUGUAUCUAAUGGCGUGGAUAAUGCCAAGAAGGACGAGUAAAAUAUGGCACGAGCUUUUAUUAUUUCAAGGCAGAGUGUGAGGAAGUGUUAUCAUGAUGAUUCAUAAUUGAACAUUAUUUUUCGUUUUAGAUACAAUUUUGAAAAUAAAUGAGAAUAAAGUUCUUAGUAAGUCAGUUUAGAAGUUACGUAAACUUUGUGAACAGUUAUUUUCAUGUUAGAGUUAUUUAUGUUAAAGAGAAGAAAAAUGAGAAAAUAUGGUGUAAUUAUGCAAAAGAUUCGAAACUUCCAACAAGUCUUGCUUGUUGUUUUUCUUUUGCCAGUAAAAAUAUAUGUUUUUGUAAAUAUUCAGCGAUGAAAAAGGAAAGAAGGAGCAAAGAAUGAAUUAAACUACCAUUCGGGGAGUUGAGAAAUUUUGUUAAGAUCAUAAUAAACUUGUUCAAAGUUUGAUUUCAAAAGCUUUUACUUAUUUCUUCUAUUAAAACAUUUCAUUUCAUUCUAAAGCCAAAACUUUCGUUAAUAACUUUUUUAUUGAACAAAUUUCUUGAAAAAACUUAGUUUAAUUCCUUAAGUUUAUUAUCUUUUGUUCAUAUUUGUGUUCAUGUCAAAUAAGUUAAAGUUUAUCACAGUUUUUAACAUGGAUCAAAAAUCGGCUAUUGACAAUGAUUUUUCUUUUGUUUCCUCUUUUCAAUGAUUUGAUAUUUAUACAUAACAACAGAAAAUAUGAAUUUAAUUAUGUAAGUUUUGUUUCCUUCCUCCAUUGUGCAUAACUAUCUCGGAAGUGUCAAUGACCUUAGAUUGCAAUAAAAAAUUUACAUUUUUCUUAGUUUCUUGUUAUAUAU